CUGCUACAUGUCAUCCUUUCCAAUUGUUUCAAUAUACAUAGAAGCUGAAAAUAGCUUAAAUGUCUUCAAAAGUGCAAGAGGAAAUAAAAAUAUAACAGUCGGAAAAUUUUAUAUCUGAAGAGUUUAUUGCGCAUUUUACCUGCCAAAAAAUGUUUCAAGCACCAGAUCAUACACAAACUGUUUCAAAGAGACUCUCCGAGGUUCUAGCUGAUGUAGGAGUGGAUGAAAGAAUGGUUCUGAAAAGAAGAAGAGCAUGGUUACUGAUAGAAUCGAUAUAUACAAGAUCACUACAGCUACAAGAUCAUAACAUCUCAACAAAAUACUUCGGCAGUCAGUCUGAAGGUACAACAACACCGGACCUUCACUCAGACACAGAUCAGCUCUUCUUGAUGAAUAACUUUAAUGUGAUACAAGACUGGAAUGGCUGGGAACCUGGUAUGAGAAAUUACUUGAUGAUCCAAGAUGAGUCUGUAUCACCUGGUUAUUGUCUCCUACAACGUCUACGAGACGAUGCUCCACUUCCCUACAAUGAUGUACCUGACCAGUAUUAUAUCAAAGAUAGAACAGGAAGAGUCGUAUUAAAGAAUGCAAUCAUGUCUGCAGCAGCUGCUGCCGCUUUUGAAGGAGGAGAAAGACAUGGUCCAGCAUAUACACGAGAAGGUAAACCUGGGUUUAAUGAUAAUGACAUUGUUGUUGCUUUCCCUUGUAAAUCAUGGCCUCUACCAGCUAGACAGUGGUUAGACUGGCAAGGUGCGGGUCAGUGGCCAUCAGAUGACAUUAAGAGAUAUUGUUGUAGUAGUGGAUGUUUUGUUGUUGGUGUUGGAAGCAAGGGCAGUGACCAUGAAGAGCUUGAAUGGAGAAUAUCAACAUCUCUAGCUGAAAGGUGUUUAAUGUUUAAUCUAAAUAUUACACAGAUCCGAUGUUACGUCUUGAUGAAGAUGAUACUAAAAACCUACAUCAAACCACACUCUGAAGACACUAUUUCAAGUUUCAUGUGUAAAACAGUUCUGUUCCACUGUAUUGCAAAUACACAUUCUAAUAUUUGGAGAGAAAAUAACUUACUUGUUUGUCUAUCAUUGUGUUUAUACAUUUUGUACAACAGUAUCCUAAAUGAUAAUUGCCCACACUUCAUCACACCUGGAAACAACUUGAUGAGAGGACAUAUUUCUCGUGGGUCUAAACCCUACAUUCUUAAAAUACUCCAGUCUGUUAUAAGGAGUGAAGGGACAUUACUAAUGGGGAUUGUGAGGAUUUUGGUUCAAGACUGCAUCUAAAAUCGUAUAAUUUAUGCCCAUUCAGAACAAGUGACAUUGCUUCAGCAGAUUUAUUAAAAGCCACAGCACAGUUCACUGAUUACAACAUAUUUUCUUGUCUUACUUGCUUAAGUUUUAGUAGUCAUGAAGAGGCUAUACAAACAUUGCUGAGGUACAUUUUCAAGCUAGUCAUUAUUUCUGUUCAGUGUGGAAGAUUGGACAAAACAGCUUGCAGUCUUCUUGCAGCACGAUUAUGUUCAACCCUAGGAACUGCCCUGGCAUCCCUUAACAUUCAACAGUACAAUGCUAUAUCAGCAGACGCUUUCGCCUGGACCUCACUAGGUCUGAACACAGAUGUCUCAUCUGGUAAACUGAAGCUAGCCUCCAUGUUAUACUGUAUAGGGGAUACUCAAAGAACAGAAAUUGUUCUCGGGGAUAUUGAAGGAAGCUAUGAUCUAAACAUUGUCCGGCCUAUUAAUGGUUGCCAUGAUUUUAUCUUCCGACAUAUAAAAAGAGGAUUCUUUGCAAUAUCCGAUAAUCAUAAUGAAGAAGCUAUACGGUAUAUUUUAGCAUUCAGUGUCCGUUUUCUUCCAUGUGAAACAAACAGUGUUCCGCAUGAAUUAAAGUAUGAAAUGUUUAGAUCAACAGAAGAGGAUCUUGCUUUCAGAGGUAGAUUUGACCAUUGGAUGGACUGGGCUGUUGUAGAUUCGCUCCCUUUCCUCUAUUUCUUGCAAUACAAAACCUACAGCAAUCUUGGAAGACAAGAAGACAAGCAAAGUGCACUUUCCAACCUUGUCAGAACCAUUGAACAGGAACCAAACCUUGCACACAGGGAAACAGCUCUUAAUCUACUUGGACAAUGUAUAGAACAGGAAAACCGACCAAUACUUGCUUUACAUUGUUAUUCAUUAUCUUUAAAUGUAAGAAGAAGAAAUAAUGCUGCUAAGCUCCUCAUCUGUAGACUUCUAUCUUCUAUGGUAAAUGAAAGAUAGUUGAAAAUGAACGAGCAAGUUCUUUACACCAUUGUUAGAGAUUUUAAGGUAGUUUUGCACGUUUGAUAAACCGGAAGUGAUGGCGUAACACCAUUUAUCGGGAAAAUGUUGGAUAUCUUUUUUAUUUGCCUGGAUUCAGCGUACGGAAAUGAAAAUCAUUUUAUGAAUUAAUCAAAACCUGUGAGUAAAUUUAUUACAAUGGCACUGUUGCUAUAUUUCUCAAAUCAAAAUAUCAUAUUAAAACAUAUGACACAUUAAAAAAUUCAAAAUAAUGUCUUAAAAUUAGCGUGAAAUGUCCACUUCACUUUAAUCAUAGUCAAAUAUCUCAGUACCGGUAAUAAGCACACAGACCUGUACAUUUUAUUCCACCAAAUUAUAGGUCAUGUUUUUAUUUACAACUGAGAAGUUUCAUCAAAAUCCACAUUGUAGAAGAAUUUCUAUUCGCGAAAAUGUUAUGAAAGUUAUGAUUUUCCCAUACACUCCCAUUAUGAAAUAUUACGUGAGGUCCACAUUUUUCAAAUCAGUCUACCAAAAAAUCAAGCACACAACCCUAUCUUUUUUAUUUGCUGAAAUUUCUAAGUAUAUUCUGAAGUUUUGAAAAAUCAGAGUUUAAUCAAAUGCUACAUUGUAGAAAAUUUUUCGAUUCAGACGUGCAGAACUACCUUAAAAACACAACAUGAAACUCAUAGAAAGAAUGAGCAGCCAAACAUGAGCAAAUCUGACACUCUUCAAAUACAGUGGUUGCCUCUUUAAUGAAUGAACAUACUAUCAAUUAGCAACUACUGCUGACUUUAAUGAAUGAACGUACUAUCAGUUAGCAACUACUGCUGACUUUAAUGAAUGAACGUACUAUCAAUUAGCAACUACUGCUGACUUUAAUGAAUGAACGUACUAUCAAUUAGCAACUACUGCUGACUUUAAUGAAUGAACGUACUAUCAAUUAGCAACUACUGCUGACUUUAAUGAAUGAACGUACUAUCAAUUAGCAACU